CCCGGAAGUUCCGGGUCGAGUUCCGGGUGCCAACGAGUCGUGCCAGGUGUGCGAGAAAGCCAGGGACAUGGCGGCGCCCGGCCCAGCGCUGUGCCUUUUCGACGUGGACGGGACCCUAACGCCCCCGCGGCAGAAAAUUACCAAAGAAAUGGAUGACUUUCUACAGAAAUUGAGGCAGAAGAUCAAAAUCGGAGUAGUAGGCGGGUCAGACUUCGAGAAAGUGCAGGAACAACUGGGAAAUGAUGUGGUUGAAAAAUACGAUUAUGUGUUUCCAGAAAAUGGCUUGGUAGCGUACAAGGACGGGAAACUCGUGUGUAAACAGAGUAUUCAAGGUCACCUGGGUGAGGCCCUCAUCCAAGAUUUAAUCAACUACUGUCUGAGCUACAUUUCGAAAAUUAAACUCCCAAAGAAGAGGGGCACUUUCAUUGAAUUCCGAAACGGGAUGUUAAAUGUGUCCCCUAUUGGGAGAAGCUGCAGCCAGGAAGAACGCAUUGAGUUCCAUGAACUGGAUAAAAAAGAAAAUAUAAGACAAAAAUUUGUAGCGGAUCUGCAGAAAGAGUUCGCAGGAAAAGGCCUCACGUUUUCCAUAGGAGGCCAGAUCAGCUUCGAUGUCUUUCCUGAGGGAUGGGACAAGAGGUAUUGCCUGCAACAUGUGGAGAAGGACGGCUAUAAGACCAUUUAUUUCUUUGGAGACAAAACUAUGCCAGGUGGGAAUGACCAUGAGAUCUUCACAGACCCGAGGACUGUGGGCUACACGGUGACAGCGCCCGAGGACACGCGCAGGAUCUGUGAGGAGCUCUUCUGACGGUCCCUUCCCGGGGCAGCGGGGGAGGCCCGGCCAACAAGCCUGACAGGGUCAUUCGGUGGCCAAAGCCAGGACCACCCUCUCCCCCCCGCAUCCCGCUGCCCCCGGCCCACCCCAGGCUCUCGGCGUUCAGUCCAGUCCUCACACCGGGCUGAACAGCCAUGUUGUCACUCGCCACUCUGCAGGGAAUCACCCUCCACCCCCACUGCCAGAACAGCCCCAGGGAGCGGGCAGGACUAGUCAGGAAUGGCUCCAAGGAACACCUCAGUGAAGGAACUUGUCCCCCACCCUGCAUCUCACACCCCCGAUACUGCAAUCACAGGACACAUGGUUUUCUGGGAAACUUCCCCAGCAUUCUAGAAUGAUGCAGAAAGGACGAAGGUGCCUGGACCCUCCCUCUUCAGGGGUCUUGUGAAAAAUGUAACAGGUGGUAAUGUUUGGACUUCCUGCUUCAAUGCGAGAGGGGAUUUGGUGAUGGGAAAGAACGGACGGGACUUGACAGCGAUCGAGCCCCGGGACAGAAGCUCAGAAACCCCUCCUGGAAAGUGCCAGCUGGGGGGGCUUGAUGGCGGCGCUGUGGUCGUGGUCGUGGGGCGGGUUGAGAGCGAAGUGACUGCGUGCGCUCUGUUCUCCCACCUGCUUCCUGUUUGUGACACACAGACCUCAGCGGGGCCUGUGGCUGGACUGCUGGCCAAGCGCCAGCCGACCCCAAGGAGCUCAUGCCUUGGCUGGCCUCAGAAGCAGGUAGCUCUGCAUUCACCACCCUGAAAAGCCCCUGCUGGUUCUGUAACCGUGGAGAUGGGGAAACAGCCAACAGCCGUCUCAAGCACUGGCACACAGCCCUCCCCGGAUGCCGGCUCUGCGCCCAGGUCCCGAGACACGAGGUUCGGUAUGACACUUCACCAAAAGACCCUUCCCCAUCUGGGGCUGGACGGGGCUCCCCGAGGCCGCCUUCGCCUCUGGUUUCUCAGGGAUCGUGUAAGAGCCCAGAUGAUUAACAGAAUGGGAGCUGCUCCGUUUCUCUGCGGCUCUUUAAUAACUGAGCGUGCCCACCCAGGCCUGGACCUGAGGGCUGGGGGCGGCUGUGGUUGGGCCGGCCACCCGCAAGUUCCUUGUGAAACUGGAAGGCAGCUCCAGGCCCUUGUCGAGAACAUGCUGGAAGAGCUUUCCAAGGAAACGUCACUUUUCAGCAUCUGGAAAUGUCAGGACCCACAGACCCUCCAUAGACCAGUGCUGGGGCCGGCUUCCAUCCACAGCGUGGCCUCUGCUGGGGGCCAGCUGGCCUGACCCCUGGCCCAGGGAGCCUGUGCUCUGUACCCUCGCCCCCGCCCCCAACCUCCCCGGGCACUUUGGUCACAGAGGAACCUGGCUCCCUCCAAACCUGGCCCUGGGCUGGUCUGAGCUGGGGGCCAGGUUGGGUGCAGUCCGCCCCUCGCCCGCCCAUUCACCACACACAGGAUCGCCAUUUCUCCCUGGUCCCUAGGACACGCCAUCCGGUGGCUUCUUUCCUUGUUGAAUUUUGCAAAUGGUACUGUAAUCUUUCAAAGUGAAAAGUAUCAAAUUAAAGUGAUUUUAUUGUUUCCUA